AUGACAGCCGGGACCGUGGUCAUCACAGGUGGAAUAUUAGCGACUGUCAUUUUGCUUUGCAUUAUAGCAGUUCUCUGCUAUUGUAGGCUUCAGUAUUACUGCUGCAAGAAGGAGGAAUCUGAAGAGGAUGAGGAGGAGCCAGAUUUUGCCGUGCAUUCCCACAUCCCUCCGCUUCACAGCAACCGCAAUGUAGUGCUGACCAAUGGGCCUUCGCUCUACUCCUCCUCCUCCUCACCCUUCAGCAAACAGCACUCCCAGUGCAGAACUGUCUGCCCCAGUUGUACCCACUAUGAUCCACCUACCUUCUUUCUGCAGCAGCCGGAUGAGAUCCACAAUGGAGGCGACCGGGUCAGCUACAAGACCAUCAGCCAGGAAGAUAUUGAACUGCCGGUGAACGUGACCAACCUGCAAGCUCUGAACCCCAACCGGCUGUCAGCCAUGCGAGAAGCUUUCUCGCGCAGUCGGAGCAUAAGCACCGACGUCUGA